CCAGGUGAUUGGAAGAUGAACGCAUUAUACAGCGGAAUCACCAGGAGUCAUUCCCCUUUGAGUCAUUCAGAUUAUCCACAAAAUGGUGUCACCAUCUCUUCGUCGCUUGUUCCCCUUUGGGUAAGCAGCCAUCUCAAGAACGUGAAAAUGAAGAUCUUCGUGAUCAUCAUAACCAUCUUUAUGAUUUUACCCUCUUCUGUGAAAACACAGACAUGCCAAAUCGACGACUACUUCAACGUUGCCAAGCAAAUUUGUGUACCAUGCAAACAAUGCACUGCUGGAGAACAUGAAUUCAGGGAGUGCUUUGGAACAGAGAACAGGGAAUGUAAAGAUUGCCCAGAAAAUACCUACUUCAAUGGGAAGACUUGCCGAAAUUGCUCACAAUGUGUUACCACGGAGAUCAGACCUUGCAAUGCAUCUUCAGAUGCUCUUUGUAUUGUCGAUAAUGCAAUAAAGAAAGGCCCAAAUGUUGCUGUUGCUGUUACUGCCGCAAUCGCUGCUUCUGCUAUUGCAAUUGUGGUUAUCUUUGCUUCAGUCUACUUCUACAGAAGAAAACGCAAACAAAAACAGCCUAAAGAGUCUCCAGAAGAAACGCCAAUGAAUGAGAAUCUUUGAAGUUGGUAAGCGGAGAAGAUUCCAGGUAAUCAGAUGUGAACGGUUCGAAAUCAAUUUUUGAAAUGCACAUCCAAUGUAGAGACACAAAAGGAUUUUGAGAGCGGAGGAGGGUUUUCAAAAAAAAUUUUCAUGUUGUGAUUUUCGCAAACAGCUGAUGCUUCGAGAGAGUGCAGGAGUCAUAACCCUAGUUUUGUUGACAAUAUUUAACAAGAAUAGGUCCCGAAGUAUUUCAAUGCGAAGAGCAGAUUGAGCAUGUUUUCGGUAACUUACAAACAAAAAGAUUUCAAUCCGAUAAAUUGGGAGAACUUUUUAGGUAAGUUUACUGUAAAUCUCAUGACAAAUCGCAAGGUUUGUUUUUACAAAUUAAGAAAAAGAAUUUUGCUUUUUGAUCAUUCUGGUGCUUGAAUGCUAGGAAGUCUUGAAAAUGAAUGCCAAAUGUCUGUCUUAAAUCAACGCGCCUUAAGUAACGAUACCACAACUUAAGUCUUGAUACAUGCGUUUUAAAAUUUAACAAUAAAAAAGUAGAUUUUUUGACACCCCUUUUUUAAGCGCAGUCAUCCUUAUUGGGAUAUAAAAGUAACAGCUCAACUUGAUGUCACAAAUGAUGUCACAAGCAUACAACUGUACAAUCUUAAAUUGAGUUUCGAUUAAGAAGACCCCCCCACCCGCCCUCAAGCUCCUUCAAGGAAGAGCAUGGCCCUAUGGUCCUCUUACCGCAACUGUUCAUGGAUCGAACGACUAGUAUCAUAAAUGUUUGUAUAUAAUUUUUAUUAAGUUAAAAUCUGUUGUGUUGGCCUCUGGGUCUUUUGUUGCUAUUUCAUUGUAGUAAACUGCUUAGUGUCAUGUACAUAUGAUAUCAAUAUUUAGAACUUUCUGGCAAAGAGGCAUGGGAAACCAAUUUAAGGGAAACUCGUGUCACCAAAACCUGUUUACGCCCCUGGUUUCCAUGCCUAGUUUGUCUAGGGGUCUGGGACACGGGUUGUUGAUCACCCAGUUUUUGUUUUCUGUAUCUUAAGUACUCGUGAUACGCAUUAUUUAGCUAGAUAUUACAAUUAAAUAAUGUAUCGAUCAUAUAAUGUUUAUGUUAAUCACAAAAGCAAAUUCUUGAGAAAUUUUUACUCCGCUAUUCUUAUUUUCAAUGGUGUAUCAAUUGACGUCUGUGUGGUAUUCUGUUUGAGCUGCAGAGAUGGCGCUAGAGACAAAGAUUCAACGUAACUGCCGACGAAGAAUGUAUCAAACUGCCGACAAAAAAUAAAAAAUGAGAUAUCAUGCAUUUUAGACAGGGCAUAUGCUCUAACAGUCUAACAAACAUGCUAAACUUUAUUUCCUCAACAGAUCCCGUUAAACUAAGCUCAAAACUUGAAAAUUUCGAUUUGUACCUUUUUAGAAAAUCAUGUCACCUUUAAAAUUUCCAGGGUUUAAAUGUUCGUAACAAUGACCGGU